AUGACAUACCACUUGAACAGUAAGUUAGCCUAGACUACUUAGUUUUUGUAGUUGCAUGCUCAAACAUUGGCAUGUUUUAUAUGCUUGAUAGGUGAACAUUUCCAAAUUGAAUAGGCAUAUUACAAUGUAAUAAGAGUAUAACACAUAGCAUUCAGAAUUAAUUUAAAUGUACUUAAUUUGAAACGCUGUGUAUUUAUAGGCGCAUCCCCAGUGCAGCAUGAGUGCCUCCACUGCUCGCUCAGGUUUAACCCAAACCACCUUGGACCUGAAGCCCCCCCAUCUCAGAAAAAAUAAAAAGAGAGAUAACCGAUGGUAUCGUGGACUUCAUUGCCCUGGACAUGAGGCCCAUUAACCUGGCAGAAGGCGUGGGGUUUAAGAUGAUGAUCAAAAUCUUGGUGCCUGGUUACACCGUUCCCAAGAGAGAAACUAUUAUGCAUGCUCUGACUGCGAAAUUUGAUAACACAAAAGAGAAGGUCUUACAUGACUGUCACUGCACAUUUCAUUACUGA